UUUGGAGCGCGCGCACGCAUAUUGAGCACCGUGUUCUAGAGUAUCCCUCCGCCUCCCUCCUCCUUUCCCCGCUCAGAGCUCGGCAACGAUUUGGGAAAUGAAGGGAGGAGGGAACUACUUUCCUGAAACUUGCUAUGCUGCAGACGACUUCGAGUUGCAGUGAUUCGUCCGGAGGCCGCAGCUUUUAGUUCUCCUACCACACGCUCUCACAGCCUGGGCACCACGCUCGGCAGCCCCACUCUAUGCCUGCCUAGGCCCCCGGGGGAAGCCGGCCGCCCGGAGAAGUCGCCAGGGACUACUUCGUCUCUUUCUCCCGUGGGCGCCCCCGGUUCGGGCAGCGACGGCGGCGGAAGGAGCGCGCGGCGUGAGCGCUUCCGCCGCCCCCCUCGCGGUUCCCCUCUGGCGGGCGUGAGGAGCUGGCCCGCUGAGCUACUGGUGGGCAGCGGCUGGUAGGGGAGUUGCGGCCGUUCUCCUUACGCUCCGCCGCUUCUCGGGACCCUGCCCUCGGGCUCGCCUGCCCUUCUCCGACCCGGGUGGGGGCGGUGGCUCGCCGGUCCCGGCCCACUCGCUCCCCACCGCCCCCUCCUCCCGGAGACGUCCCGGCUGGAGCGUGUCUAGAGGAAUCCGCCACCGUGAGGCCCCUCGCCCGACUUUGCGUGCUCCUGAGAAGCGCCCCGGUCGCCGCCGGGGACAGCGGGCAGCCGGCGGCGAGGCGGGAGAUGGUGGGCUGGGCUCCGGCAGGACCGCGCCGCCGCCGUCCGGAGCCUGGGUUCGGCCCCCUGCCGCCGGCCCCCACCGAACGGAGCUCGCCUUCCUCGUCGCCGCAUCCCUGAGGGAAGCGCCGCCUCUGCUCCCGGGCUCUAGCCGCCCGCCGCGCUCCGCCCCAGUGCUUGGAGCGGCAGCUCUCCGCUCAGCCAGCGCAGCCCGUGCCCCUCUACCUCCUCAUCCACCGUCCCGGCCCCACGGUUCCCUCGGUCGGGCGUGAGGCGGGGGAGAGGCUGGGGUCGCCAAGGCCGAGGUUGCUGCCGCCCCCCUGCGGGGGUGGCCGGGGUUCCCGGUGGGGGGGGCACCGUUCCGGCUGAGGCGUCCACCAUGGUGAGGCCCCUGAGCCACUGCCCCCGCGCCCCCCCGGCCGCCGCCUGCCCCUCGGUGCUGCUCCUCCGACUGCUGUUGCUCCGCCGCCCGAUCGGAUCACGGUGAGGGAAAGAUGAGCGAGGAGACGGCGACUUCUGACAACGAUAAUAGUUAUGCACAAGUACGAGCUGUGGUGAUGACCCGGGAUGACUCAAGUGGUGGAUGGUUACCUCUUGGUGGGAGUGGACUAAGCUGCGUCACUGUCUUCAAAGUCCCUCACCAGGAAGAGAAUGGCUGUGCUGACUUUUUUAUCCGUGGAGAGCGACUCAGGGACAAAAUGGUGGUUUUGGAAUGUAUGCUUAAAAAAGACCUUAUUUAUAAUAAGGUCACUCCAACAUUUCACCACUGGAAGAUUGAUGACAAGAAAUUUGGCCUUACCUUUCAAAGUCCUGCUGAUGCUAGGGCCUUUGACAGGGGUAUUCGAAGAGCAAUAGAGGAUAUUUCUCAAGGAUGCCCAACAUUUAAAAAUGAAGCUGAAGGAGCAGAAGAUGACUUACAAGCAACUGAAGAGGAUACUUCCAGUUCUCUAGUGAAAGAUCAUCGUUUCAGGCAAGAGACAGUUGUUACUAGUGAGCCUUACAGAAGCCCAAGACCUUCUCCCUUUGAAGAUCUGAAUGCCAGAAGAGUCUACUUGCAAAGCCAAGCCAGUCAGGUAACAUUCAGUCAUCCAAGCCUAGACAUCCAGGACAGAACUAUAGAAUAUGUACAGCGGCAAAUAUCCAAGGAAUGUGGAAGCCUGAAGUCCCAAAAUAGGGUUCCUUCGAAAACAAUCAGACAUGUCAGCUUUCAAGAUGAGGAUGAGAUUGUUAGAAUAAACCCUAGAGAUAUCUUAAUACGUCGCUAUGCAGACUACAGACAUCCUGACAUGUGGAAAAAUGACUUGGAGAGAGACGAUGGUGACUCCAGUAUUCAGUUUUCUAAACCAGACAGUAAAAAAUCAGACUAUCUGUACUCUUGUGGGGAUGAGACUAAGUUAAGUUCACUCAAAGACUCUGUGGUAUUUAAAACACAGCCUUCCUCAUUAAAAUUUAAGAAGUCAAAACGAAGAAAAGAAGAUGGUGAACGUUCUCGCUGCAUAUACUGCCAAGAAAGGUUUAAUCAUGAAGAAAAUGGCAGGGGAAAAUGUCAGGAUGCUCCAGACCCUAUUAAAAGAUGCAUAUAUCAAGUUAGUUGCAUGCUCUGUGCAGAGAGCAUGUUGUAUCAUUGUAUGUCAGACUCAGAGGGAGAUUUUUCCGAUCCCUGUUCAUGUGACACUAGCGAUGACAAGUUCUGCUUACGAUGGUUAGCCCUGGUAGCUUUGUCUUUCAUUGUGCCAUGUAUGUGCUGCUAUGUCCCUUUGAGAAUGUGCCAUCGUUGUGGUGAGGCAUGUGGGUGCUGUGGUGGGAAACAUAAAGCUGCUGGGUGAAAGAAUCCAGUGCCAGAAUGAGCUUAAACUCUUUGUUUCCAGGAAUUAGCUAACUUGAAUUUAUGGAGGCUUUUGGCAAGCAAUAUGAAAUCUUGCCUGGUGUCAUUGGGGCCACACGUGGAGGAAGCAGAACUCAGCAGUUCUUAGGCAUUUCAAGAUGCUAAUAACCAUGCCUGACUUUUUCCCUUGAGUGCAUGGCAUGUUUUGUUACAGGUUUUAAAGAGUGUUCGCAAAAGGAAACCACUUCUGGUUAUUGGCUAUAAAAAGUGAGCAUAAAAUAUGAUCCAACUAAAAGGGAUUAAUUUUUGGCAUUUUUUUAUACUUAUGCUUAGGUGAUGGGAUUUUUAAAGGUUUGAAUUCAUAAAGACGUGAACUAAAAGUGCACUAAGGGACAUUUUAUUUCAAUCUAAGAAAAGUUAACACUUGGGAAUUUUAAGAAGUAAAAGAAAUACAACUAAAUCCUUUAUUAGUUGUUUUCUGAAAGCAGUUUUAUGUAUAAAUAACAAACGUUUAUAUUUAACUAAAUAUAAGGUACGAAUUAUUACAUAUUAAACUUUUUCUUCCCUUUCCUAGUUCUGAAGUAGAUGUACAUGUUAUCUACUGUCACAUUCCAUUAUAUUUUGAAUAUUUUACUCAUCUAGUUAACAAUGUUUUUUAUUCCAUGUGAAUGAUUUGAUAUUUUCAUCCUCAUUUGCCUUUGGCUACAAUUUACAUUGAAUUGUAUCUGUACAUUCUGGUAAUCGAAAAUCCUUAAAAAUAUCUUAAUAGCCUUGAGUGACCAACUUUUUUUUAAAGCACAGAUGUAAUUGUCUAAUAUUUGAUGGGAAUGUAACACUUAUUUUUAUAUAAAAAGACUGGGUAAACAUAGAAAAAAGUGAGUUUUUUGGGUUGUUGGGUUUGGUUUUUUUGUGUGUGUGUGUGUGGUAUUCAACCAGCAAGUUGUUUUCUUUCAGAGUUUCCUCCUUCAAAAAAUCAUAUUGCAUUUACAAAUGUUUUACAAGGCAAAAAGUCUAACUGGAUAGUUGGUGUAAAAGUUUUUUUUCUUAAAUCUCCCAUUUACCUUUCUGCUAAACCAGAAUAUGUUCAGCCGUGUUACUAACUUUUUAGCUUAAUUCUCAGUUCUUAUCACACAAACCAAUGAUAAUUUUUCUCAGUUGCAUUUUAUCCAAAUGGGCCAAGAGCAAAUUAUUUUGUUAAAGUGUGUGGUAAAUGAUCCCAGGAAGGUAUUUAAUCCAACAUUGUGAAUGAAAUAUCUUGUACAUAUAAAUUUAUUUCGUUCGCUGAGCAUCAUAUUACUAGGUGUUUUAUUUACAAAGUAGUUGGAUAAAUAAAUAUUCCAACAAAUUGUUUAAAGUACUGUGGGAUGUUUUUUUUAAGUGUUAUAUUAAAACUCUAACAAAAUGGGGGUUCUUUAAGAACAUUCCCUUAGAGGGAUUAAGUUGAAAAGUGUGCCUUUUUUUAAUGGCUUGUACAUUCAGAAAUGAUGAUAAUUAAAAUUCACACUACCAUUUGAAGCUCAUUUUCUAUGCAGGUUUUAAAAUGUCAUUUAUGUAUCAUUCUUUUUAUGUAUCCCACAUAAGGUUGUGUUAACUUUUCUUCUUCUGCCCUAGAUCAAACUGAACAGUGUAUAUAACACUACCUGUCUGUAAAAUACUUUUUUUUAAGAAAGCAUUUAUAUUUAUAUGACAGCUUGAACUGACAACAUUGUGUAUAUAGGUCAUCUUGAAGUAUUAUUUCACAUUGAAAAGAAGAAAAAUAUAUUGAUAACUAUAGAUGUUAUGAAGAAGAGGUUAUUUCUAGUUUUGUACUAAAAAAUCAAUUGGAUGAACUAAAUCCAAAACAUGACUGUAGCAGAAGUUUUAAGUCUUCUUUUUACUGUUUAUAUAUUUGAACACUGCUGCACCAGAUGAUCUUCAUCCCUGAAGUUUUCAGCUAAACUUGGUUUCCUAGGAUAGACUGUUAACUUUCAAAAUUACUUUUUAUUAGUGAGAUAGAAAUACUGGUUUUCCUUGUGAUGAAUGGAUUUUCGUAUUUGUAAGUGCUGAGUUUAUAAUUCAGGUUUGAGCAAGGGGUGAAUAACUGAAGAAAAUAACUUGCUGGCUAUAUAGGAAAAUGCUGUGGAACUGUGUAUAUAUUCUGGGAGGAACAAAUUUAAUCAUUUCUUCUGUUAAGCACUAAUCAGUAUAGUGCAACUCCUGGUUCUGUACUGUAUUUUAUAUGCAAUAUAUAUGCUUUAAUAUUUUAAUGUUUGUGCAUUAAUAUUUUCAAUUUGUUUAACCACUUUGCUGCUAAGAUUUUGCCAUCCCCAUUUUUUUCCUUUACAAUUUUAAAUAAGUUUCUUCAUUAAAAACUGGUAAUGAAAUGGUUUUUAUUUCACCCCGGAUCUUCAUAGUUGAUAACACCCAGUUUCCAAAUCAGUCUAGAACUCAGUCUAGAGGACUAACUGGUAAUAUAAUGUCAUCUAAAUCCCUGUGUGAAAUUUUUCUCUUGAGUAAAUUAGAAUUCUUAUGUAAAAACGGAUAGUUUAAAUUUUUCAUUCUUAAAUAUGCAUAGAGGUAUAUUCAUGAACAUUUUCUCUUUCUGCACAGAGAUGUGGCAUUUACUUUUCCUCUAAAAUCUUUGUUUUUAAUCUGGUAGUAUAAGCAAAUGGGUAAUUGAACUGCUUACAUAAUAGUAAAUAUUGUAAAUGAAAUCACCUAGAUGGCAUGACAAGAAAGACUUUGGUCUGAUGGCUUGUGCUCAGAAUUGGUAUUUCCUAAGUGAUUUUUCUCCUGCCUUAACGGGAAUCAUUUGAUUACUGAAUAUGACGUGUGGAACUUCAGCACCACCUACUGGAUUAUUUAUAGACCAGAGACAUGAGGUGGUAAUAGGGAUCUAACAGGGUUCAUCACUACUACCAGUAAAGGGCUAUUUAAAUGGUAGCCACCUCCAAGUAGGGAAAACCAGGAGUAAGAAAUGUCUCAAA